UUUACUUAAAGAUAUUGUGGCCAAGUUUAAAGCAUAAAAUUUUGAGAGAAAAAAUCUUAAUUAAUUGAAAAAAGAAACGAUUUGAAUGGCUGUCACCAAAACACUAAUCAUUUACUUGUCGACGUCUGCAGGUGGUAUCUUUCUUUGCUUCGUUGCUUUGGUAACACCUGGGUGGAUUUCAGUUCAGGAAGGUGGUUUAGCCGGUGUAUUUUACAUGUGUGCUUACCGUUCUGGUCAAUGCUCUGCAUUUCUUUACGACGAUAUCGCUACGGAAUGUGAUGGACUAAUCCACAUUCAUUUGAUAGAUGCACAACUAGCCGGUGUUCUUGGUACCGUACUUGGUGUAGUUGGUUGGUUGGUUCUUUUGGUUUAUGCAAUUUCCAAAGAGUCAUCUGCCUCUUUGUUUGUUACAAGCGGUAUUAUUCUGCUUGUUGCAUCAACAUUCGAAUUUUUCCUACUGGUUAAAUUCAUUGUUGUCAACGUCGUCUUUUUCAAGAAAGCGGAAUGGGCCCAGUUUGGAUUUCCUUUCUCUAUGAUCAUUUCCAGCUCUGGCCUUGUACUUAUUAUGUUUACUGUCGUGAGGAUUUUCAUUCGUAAUAAACAAAUGAUAAACAAUUGCAAUUCUAUGGCAAUAGUUAAUGCGCGUGCCAUUACCACUGAGCCUUCCACGUCACUGGUUUGAAUGAAGGAUAAUCCGCUCCAUAAGUAUGAAAUGUCCCAUUGUGCCUUUGUAGUAACUCUGAAUUUAAAUGCUUUAUAACU